AUGACCAAGACCCCCACCAAGCCCAAGGAGAUGGCAGAGCUGGGAGGCACCCAAACCUGGGGGGGGGAAACCUUGAGCUCCAAGGAGGACGAGGUCAGGAAGGGACCUUGCAGCUUGGUGCCCGGUUUGUCUGCAGAGCACGAGAGCAUCGAGGAGGAGGAGGAGGAGGAGGAAGAGGAGGAGGAAGAAGAUGGGGAAAAACCCAAAAGGAGAGGACCAAAGAAGAAGAAAAUGACCAAGGCGAGGCUGGAAAGGUUCAGGGCCCGGCGGGUGAAAGCCAACGCCCGGGAACGCACUCGGAUGCACGGGCUGAACGAUGCUCUGGAUAACCUGAGGAGGGUGAUGCCCUGCUACUCCAAAACUCAGAAACUGUCCAAAAUCGAGACCUUGAGGCUGGCCAGGAACUACAUCUGGGCUCUCUCGGAGGUGCUGGAGAGCGGGCAGACUCUGGAAGGGAAGAAUUUCGUGGAGAUGCUCUGCAAGGGCUUGUCCCAACCCACCAGCAACCUGGUGGCCGGCUGCCUGCAGCUGGGUCCUCAGCCCUUUUUCCUGGAAAAACAGGAGGAAAAAUCCUCCCUCUGCGACCCUUCCCUUCCCAACUCCUUCAGCUACCACUCCCCGGGGCUCCCCAGCCCCCCCUACGGGACCCUGGAGCCCCAACUGCUGCACCUGAAGCCUCCCCACCCCUUCAAGACCUUGGUGGACGCUUCCUUUGGCACCCACCCCUCCUCCUGCACCCCCCCCCCAUACGAGGGACCCCUGACCCCCCCCCUCAGCAUCAGUGGGAACUUCUCCUUGAAGCCGGAUGCUUCUCCAGACCUGGAGAAAUCUUACCCCUUCCUGGCUCCCUACCCCUCGGUCACUUUGGGGGGACCCCAAGGACCCAGCACCCACUUCCCCCCCUCGCUCCCUCGCUACGAGAUCCCCCUGGAUGGGGGCUACGAAACCUUCCAGCCCCCCCUGCCUGCCCCCCACCUCAACGCCAUCUUCAACGAGUAG